UGCUACCAUUACUAGCACCCCAAAAAAAAUCAACAAUAAUCUGUUUUUCAAUGGUGUCAUGAUCAUCUUGUUGAUCAAGGCAGGCAGCACGAUUAACUUAGCCGGAAUCAAGACGGCGGGGAUAUUUCCAUCGAAAUAAGCAACUAUAAAGUCAAUUACCAAAAAAAUAUGUCUACCGAAGACCUGCCCUAUGUGGAAAUUGUUGCCCUGCGCAAUGACGCCACGGCGAAAGAUUUACCGUCGGCUUACUACCCAACGAUGCGGGGACAUCGGCAGGAUGGGGUAACCUUGAGGGGUAGUCAUGAACCGGCCGACUAUGCGCACCACUCAUCAUACCUGACAGGCCGGGGACGAUGCGACGUUCAUGUCUUGGGUACCAUCGACCGUCUUAUACAGCCUUGAAGCGGGGAUCAGCCUGACUUUGUAUCAAAGUCCCCCGGGUGUCUAAUAUAAAGGCGGCCUGGAUGAACCCUGGACAAGUCCUUUUUUUAUCGUGAGCGAUAUCAUGUGCUUUGUCCAUCCGACAGCCCACUGUGCGAUAUAUCGCAUGAAAAUUGGUCCCCCUUCAUCCCCCCCUUAGCCAAAAUGCCACGUCUCCUCGCCCUCGCAGCAACGUCUCUGACGGUCGUCGUCGCGACGCCGCCGAUGGGCUGGAACAGCUACAACCAUUACAACUGCCUCCCAACCGAGGACGACAUCAAGCAGAGCGCGCAGGGGAUAGUGGACCUGGGGUUCGCGGACCUGGGUUACAAUAUCGUGACAACCGACUGCGGAUGGAACGGCAGGGACCGCGACGAGCAGGGCCGGCAGCAGUGGAACGCGACCCUGUUCCCGUCGGGCGGCAAGGCGCUCGGGGAUUUCAUCCACAGCCUGGGGCUCAAGUUUGGGCUCUACUCGGGUGCCGGGUACUUCCAGUGCGGCAGCACCGACUUGCCCGCGUCCUUGGGCUUUGAGGAGAUUGACUCCAAGUCCUUUGCGGAAUGGGGUGGCGAUAGUCUGAAAUAUGACAACUGCUAUUCUACGUCCAGGACCGUGAUGGUCGACUCGGACUCUGCCGAGGCCAAGAGCCCCGAGCGAUUUUUGAAGAUGGGCAAGCUACUCAAAGAGAGUGGUCGGCAAAUCGACUACUUCUUGUGCCAAUGGGGCAUAGGCGAGAACGUGCCUGAGUGGGCAACGACAGUAGGAAAGAGCUGGAGGAUGAGUAACGACAUCUACAACGGCUGGCGCAGCAUAUGGCGCAUCACCAACCAGGUCAUCCCACACGCCAAGUACACUCGAGAGGGCUCAUACGCAGACAUGGACAUGCUCACCGUCGGGCUCGGCGCCAUGUCGUACGACGAGGAGCGUUUCCACUUUGGCAUGUGGUCCAUGAUGAAGUCGCCGCUGCAUAUCGGCGCCCCCAUCGACAAGAGCCUCACCCCACAGGCAUCGCUCGACAUCAUGGCCAACAAGGAGGUCAUCGCCAUCAACCAGGACCCCCUGUCAGAGGCUGCACAGCUGGCCUUGCGCAACACCGAGGGCGAGUGGGACGUCUGGAUCGGAAACCUCUCGGGAGACCGCAAGAUCGUGGGCGUUGCAAACUGGCGAAACGAGAGCCAGAGUGUCGCGCUGGACCUCUCCUUCCUCGGGAUUGGGUCCGCCGAUGCUCGUGACGUCUGGGCCGCCUCGGACAUUGGAUCCAUCUCUGGCACGCGUCAAGUUGAGUUGAAGGGCCAUGAGCUCAAGCUUUUGAUCCUGAGCAACGUCCAGAAGGCCACUGACGCCCCCUCGUCCGCUGGAUACUACCCCGUCACGGCCGCCCAAAUCACCGCUCCGGCAGUGCUGAGGUCCUGCGCUGACAGGGGCGCACAGGAGUGUCUUCCUGUGGGACAAAAGGUCGGCGAAAUCAACGGGAACGCCAAGGUUGCGUUUGGGAACGUGACGGUGUCGGCGUCGGGCAAGAAGUACGUCGGAGUCGACUUCAUCAACUACGACUAUGCGUUCGGCACUGCCUGGGGCUGGGGUACCAACACCCGCAAUAUGACAAUCAGCGUCAACGGCAACGCGGCCACAAGGUGGGCUUUCCCGCUGGCUGGCAACGACUGGUAUGAGACGGGCAGGUUGACCAUCGAGCUCGAUGGGUUCAAGGCCGGCGAGAAUGAGGUUGUGUUUGCGGCGCAGUCCAACUGGGGCUUUGCUCCUGAUCUUGUUGGAAUCGAAGUCUAUGAGUAAUUCUGCUCUGUCAUCAUAGUCUGGAAUCCGUGCUGGAAAAGAAAGAUACGAGGCUAACAGCAUCCGUUACGCUGUAGAGUCAUAAGUGCAGGUAAUGGAAUAAUGUAUCAGAUCAGUAUGGGUAUUGCAUUGCUUGUCUUUGUCGUUUUCUUGAGAAGCAAGCUAUGAGCGUGUCACUGUUUUGUCUUGAGUCUUAUCAUCAAAGGAAAAAAAAAACCGUCGGGAUAAUUGCUAGGUUAAGCAGCGUAACAGUCGCGGUAAUGAAAAUUUGUGUGGCCAAAAAUAUGCUCAAUUGCAAUUAGUACAGUCAGACUGAUUCAUUUGAGGGAAAGAAAAGGAGUGUCUAAUGUUUGGAUGGGCUUCUGGAUAGUCCCAAGAGCUGGAUGGAGGGCACGAGUUCAGCUGUCGAGGAACCACCGAAAUGCGGGGUCUUGACGUCUGGCGGGCUGCCUCGCUGGCAAUUUUUGCGGCGGUCACUUGCUAUCGCCAUCUGACCCGACUUCAAGUAUGCCAUCCAUACCAGACCAGACCAUAACCUUCAUCCAAUAGACACACACGCUGCACUCGAAAGCACGAGAAACCGAGUUAGACAAUCGUAUCUGAACCUGUGACAUCUUCGCACAAGUUGCCUCUACAAGCAGUCAUUUCCUCCCAGGAUGUCGAUAUCAAACGAGGCACUGCAAAAGUUGAUCCAAGAGAUCGAGCUCAAGUCGAUCCAGGCGCAGCAGCAGAUCAGUAUGGUCCGCAGCCAACAAGCAUCCAAGGCGCGUGAGAUGAGGCUCGCCGAGUUGACACGGAGCGAGAUAUCUUCGCUGCCUACAGAUACACCCGUGUACGAGGGUCUUGGUAAGAUGUUCGUCUUGACGCCAGCGUCAGACCUAAACAACAAGCUUAGCAAGCAAGUCAAGGAGCUAGGAACGGACAUAGAGAAUCUGGGGAAGAGACUACACUAUCUUGAGACGACGGCCAAGAAUAGCCAAAGUCAUAUUGACCAAAUCUUGAAGCGCGGCGAUGCUUAGCUAUCGAUGUUCCUGAGCAUUAAGGCAUGGUCGGCUUGGCACUUGACAAAACGGAACAUGAAGGCAGUGUGCAUGUAGGUACUACAGUACAAUGCGGGAUCUGUGGGGUGGUCUGCACGAGCCUGAAAUUAGACUAUUCCCUUAACUCAUCGUUGGUCUGAGGCCUUUCUACGCUCACACAGCUUUACCGUAGACUACCUAGGUACCUUAGGUACCUAGUCAGUCUAUGAUCAAAUGAAUGACACUCGGCUUGGUUGACGGUCCUCAGUUGAUUGAUAUCCUCCCAAUAGUUUUCCUUGUGCAAACGCUCCAACCUCGAAUUUUGACGCCGCAAUUAAAUUGCGGAAAUGGUCUGCACCAACGGCCGUUUCGGUUGCCGCUGGACCAAGCAGCCGGUGUCCCAUAAUAUUGGUCGG